UGACCUCCCGAGUUCUAGGGCGAGAGGCGCGCACGAGACGCUCUAUCCUUCUCUUCGUCUCUGUUGUUUUGACAGGUUGGAAAUUUGAAGGUCGGCUCGGGAUUGCCCACCAAAAUGGCGGACGAGGAAGGUGGGCUAGAGAAAGAAAAGUCCUUUAAGUUGCUUUGGAUCCUGGAUGUUCAGAAGGUACCAUGUGCACGUGAAUCUGUGCUGUUUGGAUCUGUUGGCUCUUUAGUGAUUGGUGUCGGACAUUUUCUAACAACAAGCAGAGUUAAACGUUCUUGUGACUUGGCAGCUGGUGGAUUCAUUCUUAGUACCUUGGGCAGUUGGUUAUACUGUAGAUACAACUAUGCAAAACUGAAGAUUCAGCAAAAAAUAGUACAAGAUGGCAUUAAAAAGAAGGUGAUAUAUGAAGGCAGCAAUAUCGAUCCAACGGUUAACAGCAGUAGUAAAAGCGGCUCAUGAACCAAUAAUCACAACCAUGGACUGGGAGAACAUUACAGAUUCCAUACAGAUGCCAAAUCUUCAUCUGCUCAUAUAGAUACCCCAACACGGGGCUGGAUGAGAAGCAGCUUAAAGGUGUUGACCAAUUUGUUAAUUGACCAAUUUGCAAUAGCCCCCACUCAUUUUGUCACUUGACAUAUAUCAGCCAAUCGGGGAUCUGUAAACGCCUACAAUCCUCCAACGCUGCAUCCAUAGGGCGCAAGAUUGACCACAUCACCGCUUUUGUGCUGUCCCUAGACGGAUCCUCUUCUGAGAAUCCAUCCAGCAACAGCACAAAGUGGUGAUGUGAUUAAUCCAUCUUGCUUUCUAUGGUCACAGAGCCCAAAGAUUGUAGGUGUUUACACAUCCCUCACAUGGGCACCUCCUGUUGCGUGAUGGACAUACGGAUGUACUGUAUGCCACAUCAAAAAGAGAUUGGGGCUACUACCAAACCCCUUUAAGGCCACAUUCUGGUCAGUAUUUUGCGUAAGCCAAAACCAGCAAGGGAACAGAGAGCAACACUCUAAGGCCAGUUCCAGAUGAGUGAAUUCCCCUAGUGAACUGCUGGCCUUAUGUGAACACAGAUCAUUACAGUGGAGGUCGGGCAGAGUCACACAGCAUUAUAAAUCAUUAUAAUUCUGUGCUGUCCGGUCGAAGGACCAGAGUUCACUAUGGGAAUUCUCUCUCUCACACCGAGCGUUUCACGGCAUGAACUCGUCUGAAACUGGCCUAAUAGAAACAUUUACAACUUUUCCAUUCUUUGGAUCUAUUUCUGGUUUUGGCUUCUAAAUACUGAUGCAGAAUACAGCAAUGUGAAAGAGGCCUAAUAAUGCAUCUAAGCAAUAUCAUGUUUAUAUGAUUUUUUUUUUAUGUAGUUUUGAUUCAAUUCUAACAUUGAAAUUUGUGGAUAUGUAAUCUAUUUAUUAAAAUUGUACAUUCUGGCAUAUUUUAUCUUGUCAUAUGGAAAUAAAUGCCUUAUACUUUC